AUGGUAGAUACUGGCGCCCAACACUCUGUUUUAAAUAAAAAACUGGGACCAAUAUCUAAGAAAACCAGCUUAGUUCAAGGGGCCACGGGGACAAAAAGAUAUUGUAGGACCACAGAAUGAAAAGUAAAUCUGGGGACCCACCAGGUGUCCCAUUCGUUUUUGGUGACACCAGAAUGCCCAGCCCCUCAACUUAGAAGAGACUUGUUGACUAAAGUUAAUGCUCAGAUCCAUUUUGACCCUGGGGGAAUGUCAGUCACGGAUGGACUUGGACAGCCGAUACAUGUCUUAUCCCUAGCUUUAAGAGAUGAGUACAGACUCUUUGUGCCUAAGCCCUCAGAGACCAUAGCACCAGACGUACAACCGUGGGUUCACAAAUACCCAUUGCCCUGGGCAGAAACGGCAGGAAUGGGACUGGCCAAACAGAGACAUCCGGUCGUCAUUGAGCUAAAGGCUGAGGUGAUUCCUGUGAGGGUGAAACAGUACCCCAUGAGCCAGGAAGCUCGGCGGGGGAUCACUCCCCACAUUCGACAUCUCAUGGAUGCCGGAAUUCUCAAGCAGUGCCAAUCCCCUUGGAACACCCACUUACUGCUGGUGAAGAAGCCAGUGGGGACAGAUUACAGACCUGUCCAAGACCUGCGAGAAGUCAACAAACAGGUGACUGACAUACACCCCACUGUCCCUAACCGGUAUACCCUCCUGAGCAGCUUACUGCCUGAGUACACUUGGUACACUGUGCUGGACUUGAAAGAUGCUUUUUUCAGCCUAUCCCUGGUGGCCCAGAGCCAGGAGAUAUUUGCCUUUGAAUGGACUGAGGGGGAAGGCCGACCGGUAGUACAAUUAACUUGGACCCGCCUCCCACAGGGGUUCAAGAACUCCCCUAUCUUGUUUAAUGAGGCUCUGAGUGAGGACCUCUAUGAAUAUCGGGCUUGCCACCCAGAGGUCAUUCUGCUACAAUAUGUAGAUGACCUUAUGUUGGCUGGAACUACAGAGGAGGCAUGCAGCCGUGCCACCAGGGACCUCUUACAGACCCUAGGAACCUUGGGGUAUCGCUCUAGUACAAAGAAGGCACAAAUAGCCCAGCAAGAGGUCACCUAUUUGGGGUAUAAGAUCAGGCAGGGGCAACGGUGGCUAACCCAGGCCAUGAAAGAAACAAUAUUGCAGAUACCAGAGCCCAAGACCCCCUGCCAGGUGAGAGAGUUUCUGGGGACUGUUGGAUAUUGCAGACUGUGGAUCAUGGGGUUUGCUGAGAAGGCCUGGCUCUUGUAUGAGGGAAGUAAAGAGAUCCCAAACUGGACUUGGACUGAGCCAAUGAAACAGGCUUUCCAGACACUCAGACGGGCCCUACUAGAAGCCCCAGCCCUUGCCCUGCCUAACCCAAAUAAGCCAUUCCAGCUGUUUGUAGAUGAGAAGCAAGGAAUAGGAAAGGGGGUCUUGAUGCAACAAUGGGGACCAUGGAAGCAGCCGGUGGCAUACCUUUCGAAGUGACUGGACCCAGUGGCCGCUGGGUGGCCCCCUUGCCUUCGCAUCAUCACAGCCACUGCCCUCCUCGUCCGCGAUGCUGACAAGUUGACGUAUGGACAGCAACUCUUGGUUUACACUCCCCACGCCAUUGAAGGGGUUUUAAAGCAGCCACCGGGUAAGUGGAUCUCCAAUGCCCGCUUGACACAUUACCAGGCCCUGCUGCUCGAUGCCCCACAGGUGCGUUUUCAGAACCCUUGCUUCCUGAAUCCGGCCACACUCCUACCUAACCCAGAGAAAGACCGCCCUCUCCAUGAUUGCAGUGAGAUACUGGCUGAGGCCCUGGAGGCACGAAAAGACUUAACUGAUGUACCGCUAAACAACAGUGAGCUAGUAUGGUUCACCGAUGGGAGCAGCUAUGUAAAAGAUGGGCAAAAGAAGGCGGGGGCCACCAUAGUUGAUGAGUCAGGGCAGAUGAUAUGGGCUAAGACACUUCCCCCAAACACUUCUGCACAAAAAGCAGAACUGAUUGCCCUAAUACAGGCUCUGGAGCAAGCCAAAGGAAAGAGAGUCACCAUUUUUACUGACAGCCGAUAUGCUUUCAGCACUGCCCAUAUUUAAGGUCCCAUAUACCAAGAAAGGGGAUUUCAGACAGCUGAGGGAAAAGAGGUCAAAAAUUUGCCCGAAAUUCGUAGGCUCCUGGAAGCUGUCCAACUGCCCCGGGCAGUAGCUAUAGGACAUGUCCCCGGUCACCAGAAAGGAGAAGACCCUAAGGCGCGGGGCAAUCGUGCCACUAAUGCGGCCGCUCGAGAAGUGGCUAGCUGGGACUACGCCGCCCCCAUAUUAGCCAUGGGACUUCCACCUCCUGGCAUGGGGGCCUUGCCACCAGUUCCCGAAUAUUCCCUCCCUGAUCUCGCCUGGAUCAACGAGGAUACCACUCUCCAGAAGGAUGACCAAGAUGGAUGGUACCAAGACCAAAACAACAACCUGAUAUUGCCUGCCACCCUGGGCCGUCACCUGUGUGAACACCUGCACACAACUACACACUUGGGAGAAAGAAAAACCCUAACACUUCUGCAGACGGCCUGCCUGAGUUUCCCUCAACAAAAUGCAACUGUACGGGAGAUAAUCCAGGCUUGCAAAGCGUGCCAGCUGAUGAGGGCAGAGAAGAAGCAGUACUCGGGAACGAGGUACCGAGGGGAAAAGCCAGGGCAACACUGGGAGAUAGAUUUCACUGAGGUAAGGCCAGGCAAGUACGGGUAUCUCUAUCUGUUGGUUCUGGUAGAUACCUUCUCGGGGUGGGUGGAAGCUUUCCCCACUAAGGGAGAGACAGCAAUAUUGGUUGCUAAAAAGAUCUUAGAGGAAAUAGUGCCUAGGUAUGGGCUGCCAGUGACUGUGGGCUCUGAUAAUGGAUCUGCCUUUGUGAGCCAGAUUGUACAAGGGCUGGCCCAAGCUCUGGGGACGAAAUGGAAGUUACAUUGCGAAUAUAAUCCCCAGAGCUCAGGACAGGUUGAGAGAAUAAAUCGGACCCUAAAAGAAACUUUGACAAAGUUGGCAAUAGAGACUGGCGGGGACUGGGUGACCCUCCUUCCCUUCGCACUCUUUCGGGUGCAUAACACCCCUUAUAAGCUGAAUCUUACCCCUUUUGAGAUUCUGUAUGGAAGACCCCCUCCUGUGUAUUAGAACCUAGAUGGAAAGGCCCUUAUGUUGUUCUCCUUACCACUCCUACUGCUGUCAAGGUCGAAGGGAUUGGACCCUGG